UCCCAUUGGACGAUUCUUGAUAUCCUCCCAAAGCUAAGCUAACCAAUCAGACCGCUUUAAUGCCGCCUUCUUCUUCUAUCCAUCUCUCAGUUUCUGCAGCUCGCUUCCUCUUCCUUAUCUGCACAGUAGACGGUGGGCACCUCUUGCUCUGAGUCCCGCUCGGUAAGCCCCGGAGAUGGACGGUGGUGACGCGUCGAGGAUUAUGGAGGCCCAGUACAUCGGGAGGCAUCACAGGCAUGAGGCCGGAGAGAGGCAGUGCACCUCCGCUGUCAUCAAGCGCAUCAAAGCUCCGGUUCACCUGGUGUGGUCUCUGGUGAGAAGAUUUGAUCAACCUCAGAAGUACAAGCCCUUUGUCAGCCGGUGUAUCGUGAAGGGCGAUUUGGGCAUAGGGAGCGUUAGAGAAGUGAAUGUCAAGUCGGGGCUUCCUGCUACAACCAGCACUGAGAGAUUGGAACUUCUUGAUGACGAGGAGCACAUCCUUGGCAUUAGAAUCGUUGGUGGUGAUCACAGACUCAAGAACUAUUCUUCAAUUAUGACUGUCCAUCCUGAUACGAUUGAAGGCAGGCCAGGGACGCUGGUGAUCGAGUCAUUUGUAGUAGAUGUGCCUGAUGGGAACACGAAGGACGACACAUGCUACUUCGUCGAGGCCUAUAUCAGAUACAAUCUCAAGUCUUUGGCUGAAAUUUCAGAGAGAAUGGCGAUUCAGGACCGAACUGAAGCCGUAAACAGCUUCUAAAAGCUUUUGAAUGGCUGGGUACAAGGGGCUUUGUCCAUGGAAAUGGUGUUAGUGCUGGUUUGGUGUCUGUAAAUAUUGACAUGGGAGUGUUGCGCUAUCUGCAUUUGCUGGUGCGCAUAUGCUCAGCUUUAAAUCAGUAGGUAGGCUGUAAGAGUGAACCCUUCAGCGACAAGCUCACUUCCUUGUAUGUA